ACAGAGGUGAUUCAAAGUGUAAUUAACUGAAAAAAGUCAUUGUAAAUCAAUCGAGCUGCUGUAUUGUUACCUUCAGACAGGCAGAUUUUUUUCUUGUUUUCACACGUGCAGGCUCGGUUGUCCGUCUUGGUUUCUUAGAUACCGCGGGGCCACCUGCUCUGCUUGGGUGUAACCUUAGCACGCGUGUCAGGUGUGUCUGAUAAACGUCUGCUUGGAGGUCUGACGCUGCAAAGGUCCAGAGCCAAAGAGCGACUUUUACAUCAGGCCAGUCCUCAGGACACAGGAGCAGCCAUGUCGCUGGGGAAGAGGGUUCGCUCGUCCUCAUCUCAGGGGAGGUUACAGACACAGCAAGUCAGCAGCAUCAUCUCUGAUUUGGGCGCCACAGCCGAAGGGAUGAGCCCCACGUCUCGGUCAGGACGAUGGGAUGAGGAAGCUCCCAGAGUUAAAUUCCAUGAGGACAGGAAGGAUCAGCCUCAGUGGCUGGUGCAGGAGCUGCUGAGACAGAACAGAAGAAGACACACGGUCACGCUCGGAGAUAAGCCGCAAAUCAUCAGGCAGCAGCACCACAGUAUUGAUUUGACUCACAGACUCUGCAGCCUCAAGUUGGAUGAAAUCUCCCUUGACGACCUCCAGAAGCUGAAGCUGGCGUUUGAGGAAUUUGAAGCGGGUGGAUUGAGAUGCAUGGAUGAGAAGAGUUUUGAGCGUGUAGUGAAGACGUGCUUGGGUUUGACUAACUCAAGCAAUGCACACAUUCAAAGCUUAUUUAAGAAGAUUGAUUAUUCAGGCCAAGGAAGGAUUUCAUGGGGUCAGUUCUGCUCCCACAUGCUGCACGAGUACAAACAGAAGGAGGAAAGUAGGAGGCGCAGUAGGCAGGUGGCUCUAGCGCUUCCAGCCACCGUGAAGACGCAGGGCAGCGGCGUUCCCAUCGUCAACAUCCACUCCACGCCUGAUGGCGCCAUAGUAACCAUGAGGGAAGAUGGGGCCAUGUGCUUCUGGAGCCCGGAGCUUAAGCCUCAGAGGACCAAACACAUGUUUAAUGAAGGACCCACAAACAGGAAGUCGAAGUGGGCAAGUGACUUCACUGUGAUGCCAGAGUACAACAAGCUGCUGAUUGCGACGGGGGACAGAGAGCUGCAGCUUUACGAGCUCUACACUCUGGAGGCUUAUUGCCAGAUCAGUGCACUAGAUGCAGUGCCGUUGACGGUAGACUACAGCUACACAGGGUCUGAUAAGUGUUGCAUUCUGUAUGGAGACAUGGAGGGUUGUGUGACUGUCAUUUUAAUAUCUUCUGUUGGGGAUACCCUCAGAUUAUGGAACAAGUUAGCAAAGACUGAAAACAUACCCAACGUAACAAUCGACACUGCAGUUCUGUCCCCAAACGUGACAUUUGUGAGAUGGAAGGUUCAUCGUGACUGGGUGACACAGGCAAAAUAUUUUCCAGGCUUCCAAGCAGUUGUAUCCUCAUCCAAUGAAGAUUCGUCUUCUCUCGUAAUAGGCCGCGUGCUGCCUUUAACGGACGCUGAGCAGCAGCUCAAUGAGAUCAGAGAGGCCUGUUACGAAGGCAGAACCAAGAAGGUCCAGCUGAGCUGGACUCCACAAGUCAGAGCGUCAGGUGACCAGACCGUCUUCAGCGUCUACAAAGGUGUCACGACCUUUGACCUCUGUCACAAGCACAGCCUGUUGGUGACCGGCGGCAGGGACAGGCUGGUUCGCACGUGGAACCCACAUUGUUCUGGAAAAGCGACUGGUGUAUUGAAAGGCCACUGCGCUCCUGUCGUCUACCUCUGCAUCUCCUCAGAGGACAGUCAGCUCUUCUCUGUGUCCAUAGACAACACUGUGAAAAUCUGGGAUGUUCAGGACCAGUGUUGCCUGUUCACAGCCGACCCCAAAGCGAGCAGGAUUCAUGGUGACAUAUCAGCAUGCUCAUAUGUUCCUGCUAUGAAAUCCCUUUUCAUCGCAGCAGACUGUGUGGCUGUGCUCUCCCUGAAGAUAAGGCAACAGUUGUGCAGCCGGUUGACGGUUUCACAUAAUGACCCUGUAAUUUGCUGUGGCUACAGUGAAGAGUUUCGGCAAGUUGUUAGCUGCACUGAGAGAUCUGUGGUGAAAGUCUGGGAUUUUGAUACCGGGUGUCAGGUUUUGGAGUUUGGUGGCACAGAUGAUCUGUCUUCCAUCACAUGCAUGACCUUUGACCUCAGAGGAAGGAGACUUAUUACAGGUGGAAAGGAUGGGUGUUUAAAGAUCUGGAACUUCAACACUGGUCAGUGCCUUAAGACGUUAAAGAAAGUCUCUCCUGCAGACGGUGGCUGCCAUGAGUUGUGUGCCUGCAUCUUUCUGAAAGUUCACAGUAAUUGCUUUGUGAUGUCUGUCGGCCGGGACCGGAAGAUUGACAUUUACCCAGACGUACCCGAGGACCUUCGCCGCCUCCAGGAACCGCAGCCGCCGUGGCAGGACGAUCGGGGACGCGGCCACAGGGAGGACAUCCUUUGCGUGGAGCACUGUCCGCCCUCUCUUCUGGCCACAGGCGCCUAUGAUGGAGAGAUAAUAGUGUGGAACGUGGUCUCUGGAUGUAUACAGAGCCGGUUUGUCAGCCCUCCUCCAGCUGAAUACCAGAAUAUCCAAGGCCUGGACUCCAGCGUCACCAGCUUAAUUUUCGUGAAGCUGCAGCAGUUUCCCUCAGCAUCACUUCUCAUCUGCUCCGGGGCUGUGGGCUUUUUAAAUCUGUGGAACGUACACGAUGGAGGAACGUUUGUGAGCAGUUUCCAAGCUUCCAGAUUCCAUCAAAAGAUAACGAAACUGGCUAAAUCGGAGAAAGACACAUUACUGUGUGCCGCCGACCAAAUCGGCUACGUCUUCAUUUACGACAUGGAGACGUUUGCGCCUGAGCAACAAUCACCCACAGCUGAGAUCUUCUGGCGCGCCCACACCACCACAAUUACUGGGCUGCAGAUCGUUGACAGUGAUCAAGUGGUGCUUACCUCGUCUGCUGACUACACCGUGCGCCUCUGGAGCGCACGUGGAGAAUUCAUCGGGACCUUUGGGCAGAGCCAGAGCUGGAGCGUGCACGUGCCGUCGUCCUGGGCGCAUCCCGCCGUCCCCUACGAGGUGCUCACUGAUCCUCAGAGCACGCCCGGCGCAGACACGCACCUUCCUGGUGUCAUCAGUCCUGACGGGGCUGCGGCUGAUGGAGGUGAACUGGAGCUGCAGAUACACAAUAAGCUCAGGCUUCCUCCAGAAUCCAUCGGUGACAGCGGCGUCGAGGAAGAUUAAAGGCCGGCUCUACCCAGAGGAACGCUGGCAUACUAACAACGCUGUGAUACUGAGGAGCCACCGAGCGCCAGCGUGAGACCCGACCGCUCCCGCUCUGAUAUUGAUCCUCACAUAGCAGCACUGAGCAUCUAAAGUCAAGUGAUGAAACCGCAUCGAUUACGUUUGGGGUAACUGGGUCAAUGCAGCAUCUACAGUAAUAAAAUGAAGACACAACAAGGGGAAGUAAAGCAGAAUAGAAGCAACGGGGAGAAUCAGGCUCCAUGUGAUAGCGACCAAGAAAUGUGGAAAAUAAAAAGUGUAAAAAUGUA